ACUCGUGUUCACCCAGAUAAAAAUAAUUAUAGAUAACUAAUAACAAUGGACAUUUAAAAAGGAUAAUUUAAAAUAUCAGACUACACAGUGAUUAUAGGGACAAUUGACAUGCGACAAUCCCUGAAUAAAACCAUCAGGUCGAUCGAUUUACAAACCAAUUAAAAUGGAGUUGAAAAAUGGCGGUCAUAUGAUAUGAAGUACCACUCAUACUCAGAUCGGUGAUUAGUAUCAAGUGUCAACAUGGAACCAACAUCCGGAAUCAGGAGAUUAACUCUCUGCCUUGUAUGGACAUUUACAGUGAUGCAUUAUUCUCGGGCUCAAGAAACCGACAUAGUAUUCUAUUUAGAGGAGGAGAAGCCCGCGGGGACAUAUGUCGGAAACGUAGCUACUGCGAGUGGAGUGGACCAGUAUGUGAGCGACGAAGAACUCCCCUUAUUAGAAUACACCUUCCUCAAUCCCUCCAAUUCUAAACAAGCCGCAUUGUUUCGGAUUAACAGCAACGAUGGCUCAGUAUACACCACUCGAAGAAUCGAUCGCGAAGUGCUCUGUCAGAACUCAUUAACCUGUGAAACCGAAGCGGAUGUCACCAUCAAAUCCAGUGCCUCAAUAUUUCUCAAACUCUUCACCAUCAAGUUUGUUAUCGAAGACAUAAACGAUAAUUCACCGAUAUUUACUAGGGAUGUGAUCACCCUUUACAUUCCAGAAUCAGCGAUUGUUGGAACAAAAUAUGGUAUCGAAGGCGCCGUCGAUAAGGACAUGGGGCCUAAUAACUCAAUACAAUCGUACGAGCUCUUAAAACCUAACAGUGCUUUCGGCAUUGAAUCAGAGAAAAAACUUGACGGGAGUUCCAUUGUGAAAAUUGUUUUGUUAAAGAAACUGAACCGAGAACACAGAGAUUUAUAUAACUUUUAUGUUCUUGCCAAAGAUGGCGGAAAGCCACAAAAGACUGGCAGCGUGGCCAUUAAUGUGAAUGUGAGGGACGUGAAUGAUAAUCCGCCGGUUUUUCACAAGGAUAAAUAUACUAUAAACGUUGCUGAGAAUACUAGAGUUAAUUCGAUAAUUGGACGCGUGAAAGCCACAGAUAAGGAUAUAGUGGAGAAUGGGCGCGUGUCGUACAGAUUCAGUCCUUUAAGACCGAGUAAAUUAGAAGAUUUGCUUUCUAUCAAUCCAGUGUCGGGUGAACUGACGGUAAAAUCACCUCUACAAUACGAAUCAGGUAAAACAUACGACACAAUAGUUGAAGCUACUGACAAUGGUAAUCCCCCUCAAGUAUCCCAAACUGCUCUUAUUGUUAAGAUCAUCGAUGUCGGCAAUAAUCCCCCAAAAUUAAAACUUAAUCUCGCGUCUCCGGUUAAUUCGGACACCAUCUUGCAGUCCGAGGGGUCAAUGGCUGGAACAUUCGUCGGUCAUAUUAAAGUUGAAGACCGAGAUCCGGGGUUGAACGGCGUCGUAAAGUGCCGCUCCGAGGAGCCGUAUUUCCGAGUGCAAAAAUUGGACGGGAAAGGAUAUGCUCUGUUGACAAGCAAACUCCUAGAUCGUGAAAAGAGUGAUAAACAUUAUGUGGAAAUAGUUUGUGAAGACACUGGCACACCAAGUCUCUCUAGUUAUGUAACUUUUAACGUAGUCGUAACCGACAUCAAUGAUAACGCACCCAAAUUCUUGCGCUCCACCUAUUAUGCUAACGUGACCGAAAAUUCCCCCAAGGGCGUCCUUGUCACCCGAGUAGCAGCUAUAGAUCGAGACACAGGCGUCAAUAGUCAGUUUAAUUACAAUCUAAACUGGGAUUCGAAUUCAAUGUUUAAAAUCGAUCCCGAAUCUGGGAUCAUAACCACGAGUGCAAUAUUUGAUCGCGAAACGAUGAAGCAAGUUAAAUUCACUGUUAAGGCAGUCGACCAGGGAAAAUCGUCUCUUGUGGGUUCCACCACUGUGGUUGUGAAUAUCCUGGACGAAAACGACAAUACACCUAUAAUUGAUCCAGAGAGCCUCAGUGUACGAGUGGUAGAAAAUAUCCCAGUUGGUGGAGAUGUGGGUAAAAUAACCGGCACGGAUGAGGACGAGGGUAGAAAUGCAGAAUUAGAAUUCCGCUUAAAGGAUAAAGACCCUCGAUUACCGUUCGUGGUCUUUGCUGAUGGAACAAUUAGAACAAUAAAAAGUUUGGAUCGUGAAAAGCGCGAUAAGUAUGAAUUUGAUGUUAUGGUGACCGAUAAAGGUUAUCCCUCAAGAUCUUCGCAUGGCCACGUCAUCAUCGCAGUGUUGGAUUUCAACGACCAUUACCCGGUCAUUGAGUUCCCCAAUUCUGCUAAUGACAGUGUUAUUGUUCUUUCUGAUCUUAAGCCAGGAAGUGUCAUAACAAAGGUUAUGGCUUAUGAUGAGGAUUUAGAAAAUAAUGGACAAUUGUCUUACUCAUUUACACACGAGAAAAAACAAAAUAUGUUCUUGAUAUCGCGGGAAAAUGGAGAGGUUAGUCUUGCCAGACGAAUAACCCCAGAUGAUAAAGAAUAUAUCCAGAUGAGAAUUUCUGUUCAAGAUCAAGGCUCGCCGCAGUUAGAAUCUCGGGAAAACCUCAACGUGAAAAUAAUCUUUACAAAUGCUACUUUAGCAGCCAGAAAGACAGCGUCAUAUGGAUAUAAAUAUAUGAUAAUAGCCGGUGUAGUGGCCGGCAUUACUAUCAUUCUCUCUAUACUCAUUGUGGUGGCCAUCAUCAGACUCAAACGAUCCAGCAGUAGGUACAAUGGCAGAGAACGAACGGCUGUUCAAGAACAAGGCGACGACAAAUCUGGCGAGAAAGAGGCCCUUAAAAAUAAUUCACCUAAACGAGUCACCUUGGCCAAUGCCGACGAGGACACCUUUGAGUUCUUCAUGAAUUCCAAGAUGGAAAAGGAUCCGAAAUUCAACAUGAAUAAAUCUUCAGGUGGGAAUAUCUAUGAACCACCACCAACUUCUGAUCAGUAUGGAAAACAAGAGUUCCUUACUUUUAAAAAGAAGGCGUUAAAUGAUGACGUUAGAAGUGAUAUAUCUGGUGAAACAGCUAGUGAUAGUGGGCGUGGUACCAGUGAAGAUGAGAUCCAUUUAACUAUAUUAGCAGGUGGCGAUGGAAGUUACAGACGCUGUCAAGUGAGUUUGAGUCCCGAUUUCGAGGAUUUUCUACCACCACCGCCUUACGUCAUUGGCGAUAAAACUGACCAAUCGAAACAGCUGGCUCACGUGUCAACCUACCCGAAACCCAGAGCGAUGAAAAAGGAAGGCGCUGGUGCCUCAUUGCAUAAUAUUAGUAAAUCUAACACUGAAAGGGGUGCUUAUGGUACUCUUGGGUACGAAAAUAAACUUUUAGUAAAUGGCUCAAGUGGAAAACUUUUAUAUAAGCCAAGUGGCUCGGGUAUUAACGAUUACCCAACCAUAGAAAUGAGAAGACUUGAAAUAACACCAAAUGGUUAUAAAGUCUCCUGAAUAACAACUAAAAAGGGUCAAAGUGCGCAAAGUGAAACAUUUUUAUGUGUAUUUAUAUUGUGGUGAAUUGAGUAUUAUUUAUUUUCAUUCUUGGCCUCUGAUUUAUACAUGUAUUGACAUAUUCUAAGAAUAUAGUCUCAAAACAUGUAGACUUGUCAUCAAGUUGUCAAUCCAUAUGAACGCUUGAUUAUGCAGCUUCGUUCCAUGUCUGGCAAGAAAAACUGGUCUAGCCUUGCACGUAAAUGAAUCCUUUGCAGUUAAAAGUCGAUGAAAAGUAACCGGAAACUACGUUGGUCGGUCUUCAUUAGCCAAUUGGUUAAAAGAAGAAACAAGGCCGCCAAAUCCCAUUUCACGUUCUAUAAUUAUGUUCUGAUUUGUCUUAAAUCUUUGUGCAUAAAUAGAUCGGCUAACGCAGUCAAUGUAUCAUUUUAUGCCGUAAUUCCCUAACACUGUGAAAAGGGGAGUUAGUCUAGUCAUUGCUGUUAAUUUACAUGUAUAAGAUUAAACCAUUUUAAAUGAUCUAGUUGUCAUUAUUUAAAAACAUAUCGAUCAAUAUUAUUGUGAGAUGAAUAAAUGUAGCCUGUUUAUUGUUUAAAUAUAUCAUAUAGCUUCAGAGUUUAUGCAGGGUAAGUUUCGUAUUUUUAUAUUCAGUUAGCGGAAUAGUUGAGUUUUAACCAAAUACACAUUGUCGUGGCCAUAUUUAUAAUAGUAUAACAGAACGAUGAAAAUUGGUUACACAUGUAGAAUCCUCAAAUGAGAAGUAGCAUCAGGUGUCCAAGAAAGUCAUACGAUUAUUUUUUAUAUACAAGUCUUAUUUCGUGCCAUGGUCAUACGCAUAGUAAUACAACACAAUUAUGAACAUUUAUUAACCAUGUGAACUUCUUGAACGAGAGUGGUAUCAGGUGUUACAGAAGGACACACGAUUUACUCACAUAUGUUAUUUAUUUUUCACCUCUGUCAAUAGAUUCGGGUUUAUCGUGACAUGAAUUACGAUCCUAUUUGACAUUUACACUGCGAAUUACCCUGUUUCAAAUAGACGAAAACUGAAUU